CAGCCAUCUUGCACAGAUUAAAUAUGUACCUCCUGAAGUCAUACAGAUAGAGAAGCUCCUUAUAUAUCAUAAGAAAACUUCAUGCAUGAGGCCAGAUGUGAAAAUCACAGUGCAACUUGAUGCCAUAGAGACGCGUCAUGAACAAUCUGGCUUCGUGGCACUGCAGGAACUUUUCAUGUUGAGGCUUGUUGAUUAUUUCGCUGACCAUCCGGAGGCUUCUGUUGUUCCAGAGGCCAUGUUACCUGGGCCUUUUCAACAAGGCAAUCAGAUCACCGACAACGAAGAUACUCUUGGAGAUUCUGUGUUCCAACAUCAGUCAACAGUUGCUGAUGGUGUAAUAUUGUCAGAGGCAUCUGGUUUACCUGAGUCUUUCAGCAGACACUUUUCUCAGAAGUUGGUUGUAUCGGAGAAUACUCAACUUUUAGCAUCUCCAGUUACCUUCUCUUCUCCCUCAUGCACCAAUCCUACCAAUCAGGAAUUGCAAGGUAGACAAGAGGGACACUUAAAUGUCGUAUGCCCUGAACCUAUCGGUGAGAUCAACCACAAUAUCAGUACGGAGGAAGAGGAAGAAGCUUCUUCCGGUUAUUGUAGGUCCAACUUCAUUGUUCCCUCUGUUGAAUCGCCUUAUCCAUGCUCAUCCGUUGACCCUAUCGACAAGGAAAGUCCUGCAGUCAGGUUUUCCCCAUCUUCUGGAAAUUUAAUGAUUGACACUCAGGCACAGAUGACCCCAAAGAGAUCAAUAUCUGAUUGUGACAACAAUAUUAAAUCAAUGAGUAGAAAACAAUGUCAGUCAUGUGAGAAGAAGCCUGCAAAAAGGUCUUUGGACUUAUCUUCCCCGAAAGGUGAUAAAAGUUCCAUGGAUAGAUCAGAGACUUGCAAGCAUGUCCAUGAUUUCAGCCCGUGCUCUCUGAAACUUGUGGAAGAAAAGAAUCUCUCAGGAUUUGCAGCAGGAUUGCAUCAGGGACAACUCAUGCCUGUUGCUUUCCAACAGCCUCACUAUGAUUGCCUUACAUUUACUGUCACAGGAGAAUGA